UAUUAUCUGUGUGUGACAUAAAAUACCUUGAAGUGAUGUAAAGAUUACAGAUUUCUUCAAAAAUAUAUUAUUGCAAAAAAAUAACAAUGGCUGGUCGAGAGAGAGCUGUAACUCGCGUUUUAGAUAAGUUAGAAGCGUCCAUCAGUGCGGGUCAAUAUUACGAAGCACAUCAAAUGUAUAGAACACUUUAUUUCAGAUUUUUAAGCCAAAAGAAAUAUCUGGAACUAUUAAAUUUACUGUACAAAGGAUCUACCCUUUUGCUUCAAUGUGAUCAACAAGGCAGUGGUGCAGAUUUGGCCAUACUUUUAAUAGAUGUUCUAACGAAAUCCGAAACAAAACCAUCUGAAGAAUGGAUAGAGAAAAUAGCAAAGUUGUUUGAAAUUAUGAACUCAAGCAUUCCUGAAAGAGAAACGUUUCUUACUAAUGCAGUAAAGUGGUCAAUGGAUGAUAGUAAAAAGGGCCAUCCUCUUCUUCACAAGAAAAUAGCAGAAGUGUAUUGGAAGGAAAAGAAAUAUACAUCAGCACAUAGACACUUCCUGCACUCAAGUGAUGGGGCAGCCUAUGCCAACAUGCUAAUUGAGUUGCAUACAACUAAGGGUCUCAAGUCAGAAAUAGACUUGUUUAUAGCUCAGGCUGUACUACAAUGUCUUUGCUUGCGCAAUAUACAGAUGGCCACAGAAGCAUUUAACAAGUACACAGGAUCACACCCCACUAUCAAGAACGAUAAAGGUCCCCCAUACCUUCUUCCAUUAUUAAAUUUUCUUUGGUUCCUUUUACGAGCUAUUGAAGAGAAACAUGUCAUCCAAUUUAAAAUAUUAAGAAACUGUUACGCAAUAAGUAUAAAACGAGAUCCAAAUUACUCAGUGUAUUUAGACACCAUUGGCCGCGUUUGGUUUGGAAUUGAAAUACCCCAGGAGGGUAGGAAUUCUAAUUCUGUAUUUGGUGGACUUCUUAAAACUAUCAUAGGAGAUGUAGAUGGUGAAUCUUCAGAGGAAGAAGGGGAGAUUACGGCAAAUUGUGCACCUGUUCCUGACUUAGAUUAGACUGGAUAUUUGAGUACAUAAAAUUAUAAUUAACAAUUAAUUAGUUUAUUUAAAUAUAUGUAAUGGGAAGAUUUUGUAUAUUUGGUGGAAGAUCAGGUAGUACAUGCAUGCAUUGAAAAGAUUUAUGUUUACUAAGAGUUUUAUAUUUUAUCAAAUAGCAACUUAUUACACAUCACCAAUUUAAUAUGUAUGAACUUACUGUGUUUCAAUAAAAAGUUGCAGAAAGCUA